UGUGCUCCAGGGAGUUGGGGUACAAUAACAACACCUCAUCCAUGCUAAGGCAUUACCGUGCCUUGCAUGAGAAUAAGGAGGAAACUGGAGCUUCACCCAGCCAUGCCACCAGAAAACAAGAGCUGGAUGAAGCCCUCGUCUCCAUGAUAGUGAAGGACACACAGCCUUUCACUGUUGUGGAUGAUGUUGGAUUCAGGGCAUUUGUGUCCAAACUGGAUCCUAAUUAUGUUAUCCCUACAAGGCAGGCUCUGAAGGCCAUGGUGGAGGCCAAGUAUGAGUUGGCUAAGGAGAAGGCUAAGGCUAAAAUGGAAACGGUGGUUGCUGUUAGCCUUACGUCUGACAUGUGGACAUCCAUCAAUAUGGAUGCCUACCUGGCAGUAACAUGCCAUUUUGUGGGAGAAGCUUACACAAGUGCAACUUCAUCUGGGGAUGGCUAACAUGAAGCUUAUGCAAGAAGUGGAGACCAGAUGGAACAGCACGUAUUUGAUGCUCCAACGUUUGAUGGAGCAAAGGGAGCCAGUAGGAGCAGCGUUAGCUGGUUUACAACAUGACGUCCCCUUCCUAACAGCAGAAGAAUUCAACAUUGUUGGGGCGUGCCUGUCUUUGCUGUCUCCCUUCUUUGAUGCCACUGUAGAGCUGUCGGCAGAGGAAAAUGUGUCUGCCUCCAAAG